CCGCCGGCGCCGCUCCCUGAGCGGGACUCGCGGAGCGGCACUGGGCAUGCUCAGUCGCCCGAGCCCGGUCUAGUCUCAAGUAGGAAGCUCGUGCGCUGCACCCGCAGCUGAUCUGGGCGCUCCGGGAGGGCAAGAUCAGAGCAGAGCCGCUAGGCUCUGGAACCGAGGUGAGCGCCGCGCGCACUGCUGGUUGGAGCUGCUGUGGGUGAGCUCUGUGGUCUGGAGCCAAGCAUGCUGUGGUCGGAUCUGCCCAGCCGCGGAAGAGAAACAUUUGCUGGAUGGAAAAUCCAUAAAAGAAAGCUUCUGUGAAAGCCUGAGACAGAGGAUAACUUAAGCAAAAUCAGGUAUCUUUGGGCUGCCUGACUUCCUUGGGUGAUUGCUAUUAAUAAACAAACUCUGUGGGAAAAAGGGAGCUUGCCUUCUGAGCUUUGUACCAAAGACCUGGGAAAAUUACACACCUCUGUCUUUCUUGAGUACUUGGAAACUGCCGAAGCCCCUGCUAAUGUGCUGACUGGUCGCUAUGGGCAGACGGUACCCAGAGGGUCACUGUCGUCCAGGCAGCUCGUGUCUCCUGGACCCUUGCUCAUUUAUGCGAACCAGAAAUUGUACUCGGAGGAAGUGAACUCUGAUGACCUGAAUGAAGGCCACAGAAAUCUUUGUAAAAUGAAACCAAUUGAAUUCUGAAAGGAAUUACUUGGCAUAUUUCAGAGUCACAAGAUAGGAAUGUUAGAUUAUGGACAGAUGAUCCCAGUCUUCCAGAGCAAAGGAAAACUCUCCAAAAAGCUUAAGUUACAUCUUGUAUAUUUGGAACUUGAUACCGAUUUCAGGUUAUAACCUAUUUCCUGCACCACUGGCCGACACUCAGUGAUCCAUGUCAGAAGCACUUCCAGCUGACUCAGGUGUAGACUCCGUGGCAGGGUUUAUGGCCAGCAGCGGAACCACAGAUGUUGCGAAUCGAAACAGCCCAGCCACACCACCAAAUACCCUUAACCUCCGUUCCUCCCACAAUGAACUGUUGAAUGCUGAAAUAAAACACACAGAGACCAAGAACAACACACCUCCCAAAUGCAGGAAAAAAUAUGCACUGACUAACAUCCAGGCAGCCAUGGGCCUCUCGGAUCCAGCGGCCCAGCCCCUGCUGGGAAAUGGCUCUGCCAACAUCAAACUGGUGAAAAAUGGAGAGAACCAGCUCCGAAAGGCUGCAGAACAAGGCCAGCAGGAGGACCCCAACAAAAAUGUCAGCCCCAGUGCAGUCAUAAACAUAACUUCUGAGAAGUUAGAGGGGAAAGAGCCCCAUCCACAGGAUCCCUCGGGCUGUGAAAUUUUACCCUCCCAGCCCAGGAGGACCAAGAGCUUCCUAAAUUACUAUGCAGACCUGGAAACCUCAGCCAGAGGACUCGAGCAGAAUCUAGGCAACCACCAUGGGGUUGUGGAAGAGAAAUCCCAGCCAGCCCAGGGCCAGGCCUCCACCAUCGUUGAGAAUGGGGAUUUGCUGCUGCAGAAACCAAACAAGCCCCAGUCCAGCCCUGAAGGUGGCCAAGUCGCCACAGUGUCGUCCAGUCCAGAGACCAAGAAGGAUCAUCCUAAAACAGGGGCUAAAACUGACUGUGCACUCCACCGGAUCCAAAACCUGGCACCAAGCGACGAGGAGUCAAGCUGGACAACCUUGUCUCAAGACAGCGCCUCCCCUAGCUCCCCGGAUGAAACAGCAGAUGUAUGGAGUGAUCACUCAUUUCAGACUGAUCCAGAUUUGCCACCUGGCUGGAAAAGAAUCAACGACAUCGCUGGGACCUAUUACUGGCACAUACCAACGGGAACGACUCAGUGGGAGCGCCCAGUCUCCAUCCCAGCAGACCUUCAGGGCUCUAGGAAAGGGUCAUUUAGUUCUGUAACGCCAUCUCCCACCCCAGAGAAUGAGAAACAGCCAUGGAGUGAUUUUGCUGUUCUGAAUGGGGGAAAGAUUAAUAGUGACAUUUGGAAGGAUUUGCAUGCAGCAACUGUCAACCCAGACCCCAGUUUAAAAGAGUUUGAAGGAGCAACGCUACGCUAUGCAUCUUUGAAACUCAGAAAUGUCCCGCAUGCUGACGAUGAUGAUUCUUGUAGUAUCAACAGCGACCCAGAAGCCAAGUGUUUUGCCGUGCGCUCCCUGGGGUGGGUGGAGAUGGCAGAGGAGGACCUCGCCCCUGGUAAAAGCAGUGUUGCUGUCAACAACUGCAUCAGGCAGCUUUCUUACUGCAAAAACGACAUCCGAGAUACAGUCGGCAUUUGGGGAGAGGGGAAGGACAUGUACCUGAUCCUGGAGAAUGACAUGCUCAGCCUGGUGGACCCCAUGGACCGUACGGUGCUCCACUCGCAGCCCAUCGUGAGCAUCCGCGUGUGGGGUGUGGGCCGCGACAAUGGCCGGGAUUUUGCUUAUGUAGCAAGAGACAAAGAUACAAGAAUUUUGAAAUGUCAUGUAUUUCGAUGUGACACACCAGCAAAAGCCAUCGCCACAAGUCUCCACGAAAUCUGUUCCAAGAUUAUGGCCGAACGGAAGAAUGCCAAAGCCUUGGCCUGCAGUUCCUUACAGGAAAAGACCAAUGUGAAUCUUGACGUUCCUUUGCAAGUAGAUUUCCCAACACCAAAGACAGAGCUGGUCCAGAAGUUCCACGUGCAGUACUUGGGCAUGUUACCUGUAGAUAAACCAGUUGGAAUGGAUACCCUGAACAGCGCUAUAGAAAGUCUUAUGACCUCAUCCAACAAGGAGGAUUGGCCAUCGGUGAACAUGAAUGUGGCCGAUGCUACUGUGACUGUCAUCAGUGAAAAAAAUGAAGAGGAAAUCCUAGUGGAGUGUCGUGUGCGAUUCCUGUCCUUCAUGGGCGUCGGGAAGGAUGUCCACACAUUUGCCUUCAUCAUGGACACUGGGAACCAGCACUUUGAGUGCCACGUGUUCUGGUGCGAGCCGAAUGCGGGUAAUGUGUCCGAGGCAGUCCAGGCUGCCUGCAUGUUACGAUACCAGAAGUGCUUGGUAGCCAGGCCGCCGUCACAGAAAGUUCGACCACCUCCUCCGCCGGCAGACUCAAUGACUAGAAGAGUCACAACCAAUGUAAAACGAGGGGUCUUAUCCCUCAUUGACACUUUGAAACAGAAACGUCCUGUCACAGAAAUGCCAUAGCUGCAUAUGUUAAAGGAUUCUGUAAUACUUACCUGAAGAUCGAAUAGCUACACUAAGGAAAACAAGCUGACGUCUGGCCUUCCAUUCAGUUGCUGAUGCUUUGUCUUCAGAGAAUUUACCCUUAACGCAGCAGUGUUAGACAAGCAUGUUCUCUCGUCUUGCCACCAUCACGUGAUAUGAAAAGAAGCAUGAGUAAUUGUUUUUGCUGUCCGUAAGUUACACUGCAAGCAGUGGAAGGCCUUUUUUCUUAUUGUAAAUACCGUGAACAUCACUUAAACGUCACGCACAUGCACACGCACACGCACACGCACACACACACGCACACACACACACAGAAGAAUGUGGCCACAGUCCUCCGAGUGAACUGAUGCUGAGUCCUUGGAGUGAAUGAUGCCUGAGUUAGUUUCACUGUCUCCUUGAGCUGCACCUGGCACACGCAACCUCGACGUCCUACAGCACCCUGCCCAGUUUUCAACAUUGGCAUAGACACUGCAUACCAGAUACUAUUGCUUUAAAGUUAGGAUGACGAGGUUUUGUUUUAGUUUUUCAUAAAAUGGAACCUGUGGGUUGACAAAAUUGGGUAUUGGCAUCCAUGUAGAAACCAACUGGCAGCUUUCCUUGACAAGCUCUUUAACACGUGGACACCGUUUCAUAUCUACAGCUGUUUGUAGGAUGUUGGAAAAAAAGCGAAACUUCAAAAUUGAGGAAAAAAGUACUAAAUUUGAGGAAUUAAAUUCAAAGGAAAUAGCCUUCCUAAUCAGAUGAGUUUCAAACUGAUUAUUUAAAAAAAAAAAAAGAAAGAAAUUAACAAAAGCAUAAGGCGUUUCAGGUGGGGAUGUAUUUCAACUUCUGCCUUACAGUGUACAGUGCAGCUAGAGAAUUGUAGGUCACUAUGCCCAUUCUCUACUAAACAACAUUAAAAUGAAAUAGUCCUCAUAAACCUCUCAUCCUUAAGUUUGAAAAUUAGCCAAUAUGCAGUUUGGAGUUGAGGAAAUGUCAUCUGUACUUCGGUUGUACACGAUUAUUUUAGAUAUCCACCACAUUAUUUUUGUUAGACCACCUCCUAUUCUGCUAGGAUUCUGCACUAGCCCAGUCUUAAUACAGUGCAUUUUGCCCAGAAAGCUGUCUGUCCAUCGCAUAUAGUCCAUGGCAACAAAUUUCAUUAAGUUGAACCUUUCUUGAAUUUAUGUAUUUAAUAUUAAAAUUUGUUAUUUUUAAAUUUAUAUGCUUUCCAUUUUAUUUUCAAGAUUUUAAAAUUUCAUAUCAAAGCAAAAUAUACAUAGGAACAAUGGACUAUUUAACAAGUUUCCCCAGUGUAGCACUUUCUUGCUUUUUUCUUUGUAGAUAAACAAUUUAGACUCCUGUUGACAUUGUUGUUUUAAAAGAAAGUUGCUAAGGAGAUCAACUUAAAUAUUAGUCUUCUUGUUCACUUUUAAAUGUCAGUUAGUGUUUUGAAGCAGCCAGUUAUAAAAGUAAUGCUUUACAUUUAUAUACUGCUAUGUACUUGUCAAAAAUGAUUUCCACAUUUUUAUCACAGUUGAGCCUUAUAAGGUAGAGAAGGGACUAAACGCAUUUGAGAAAUGAAACUUAUGAAGUACCAUGAGGCUAAAUCAUUUGGCCCAAGAGCUUACUAAAAUUAGUGAGAACCAGGGUCAGGACCCAAGCUUCCCGACUCCCAGUUCUGACUGUGAUACGCUGCUUCCACAUCAGUCGGGGAGAGCUUUUCCAAAAUGACUCUGGGUAGAUACAAAGAGUAGGUCUAGAAAUACUCAUUGUCAGGCGGUCUUAGGACUCCCUAUAUAAGAGGGGAAAUACGUCCAAAUUAUUCAUGCAAUGGUAUGGCAGUCUUAGGACUCCCUAUAUAAGAGGGGAAAUGUGUCCAAAUUAUUCAUGCAAUGGUAUUACAAAACCAUUGCUCUCAGUCCAGAACAUUUUUCCUACAGUGUGUUUUAGAGGACAGGAUUCUACAUUCAGUACAGCCUGUUCAACCUAUGAGAUUUUCCAGAGAUGAUGUUACUUGUGAUAGAAAUAUUCUUAAUUCAUGGUACUUGGCUGCCAGAGAACAUGAGGGAAUGAAAAGGCGUGCUCCUCCCUGCUGUCCCUGUUCACAAUUCAUUUUCGGGGGGAGCGGGGAGGAGGGGGGCGGUUAACCAGUUGUCAUUCAAGUCAGUUCCAACUCGUGAUGACCCCAUACGUCUCAGAGUAGAACUGUGCUCCACAGGGUUUUCAGUGGCCGAUUUUUCAAAAGUAAAUCCCCAGUCCUUCCUUCUGAGGCACCUCUGAGUGAACAUGAACCUCCAACGUUUUGGUUAGCACCAUCACUUGCACCACCCAGGAAUUGUUUGCGCCUAAAACAAUACCACUUUAGAAAUGCAUUACAUUUCUCAACUUAGACACUCUUCUAUCUGAGAUAACCAAUGCCAUCAUAGAAAACGUUUGCAUUAAGAAAAUCCUGACUGCACCCUUUGAAAAGCUGUUAGAAAUACAGUCAUGCUGAUCUCUCAUCUUGAUUUCCAGAGUGAAAAGUUUUCAUGUGAUAACCUUCAAAAUUCUGAACAAAUAACCCACUUUUAUAUUGGAAAUUUCUACCCCUGUUCAUUUUUUAAGGCAUACAUUUGUUUGUUUUCAGGAUCAAGAAUACUGAGCUAGCUUUAAGUAGCACACUGAUUUAUAUAUGCAAUUAUAGGAUGCAUUAAGAUGAAUGAUAGCCUUUACAUAUUGAAAAUUUUACUGCAGAUAUUUUGUUUGGAAAAUAGCUUUGCAUACUAAAUGCAAAUUUAUUUUGUAAAAUUAGUUAUGUUAAACAGUGUGUUCAGACACUUUCUGCCAUGGCCAAAAAGUAUGUAUGAAAGUAUGUGUGUUUUUGUUUGUGAAAGGAUGCCAGUGUUUUACCCAAUAUUGUAGUGACACUUCAGUUAUCUAUGCAUUCUUUAUAUCUGUGAUUCGGUAAACAGGCAGCCAUGUUCACUAUGCCUUGUAUGUCUUACCAUUUUUUUUAAUUAACCGGUAAAUGCAGCUUAAAAUAUUUUUAUUUUAUUUAUUCUAUUUUUACUGAAAUAUACUGCAUUAUUGUGUUUAUGUAUUAUCUUUACUGGGUAUUAUCUUGCAAUGUAUCCAGGUCUAAGUAAUCCCAGUGAACUUAUAUGUUGCCUAAAAGGUGGUUUUGUAAUGAUCUGUAAUCACAUUUUUAUUGGAAUAUGUAGAAGAAAAGGCAAAAUGUUUAAAGUUCUUUUUAUUUUUUAAAAGCAGCUAGAUAGACGCAGACUUGCCACCUCAUAUAUGUGCUCCUUGACAACGUCAAGGGGACUAGCCAACAUGCCUAUGGCUAAAAACUUUACUUUGCAGACUAAAGCACUGCUUGGUGCUUCAUUUUUAUAUCCUUCACAACACAUGUGACUUCAUCUAACAGAGAGAUACAUGUCCACAUGACCUUGGUUUCCACCUGGAUAUAAGAUCACCCAUAGCUAAUUAGAAACAUUAUUUUUUGUUUAUCUGUCUUAAUGCAUGAAGGGACAUUAAACCCAUUUCCAUUAAAACAAGUUGUUGGUGAUAAA